CCCAUACCCCUCAUUUCUUCACUGUUUUCAGCUUAUAGUUGUUGAAGACCUAGGACUGUAUUGAAGAUGUCUCCAACCAUUAAAACCGAAGUGAAACAAGAAGACGAAAUCGAAGUAACCCUCCAAGAAGAUGUUUUCAUAAACAACGAGAUCCUGGCAUCGGUCAAGGAGGAGCCAACUGUGAUCAGUGAUGAUGGUUCCGACUUCGAUUCGGAACACAACCACGCACGCAGAGAUCAAGAGGGUCAGUUUAAUUGCUUUCGUUGCUCUUAUUCGACCGACAGUAAACACAACAUGAGACGACAUUGCUUGUUAAAGCACUCCGCCGCCAGUAUGAAAUGCGACCGGUGCGAUUUCACGACGAAAUACAAACAAAGUUUAAAGCGACACCUGCAAACGCACGCGGUACCGAAAAGUUUCAAUUGUGAAAGGUGCGAUUACACCACGUGCAGCGAGGCGGUUUUGAAACGUCACCUCUGGAGGCACACGGUUCGAGAGUUUAAUUGCGGCAAGUGUAAUUUUGGUACGAACGACAAGUCGGAUUUGGACAAGCACCUGUUGAGGCACGCGAUUUCGAAACGCUUCGAAUGCGACCAGUGCGAUUUUUCAUCGAGCUACAAGCACCACCUGAAACGGCACGCCGUAAAACACGACGAUUCCAAGCAAUUCAAAUGCGGUGCAUGUCAUUACAUCACAAAUAACAUGUUGCAUUUGAAAAAACACGUUCUAAACCAUACGGCAUUUAAAGAGUUUAAAUGUGACCGGUGCGAUUACGCGACAAACAAAAAGAUACUCUUACAGCAACACCUCGUGGUACACAGAACGACUAAAGAUUUUCAAUGUGACCAGUGCGAUCACGCGACCAACAAUAAAAGCCAGUUCAGACGGCAUCUUUCGAUGCACAGGAACGAUCUCGAUUUUAAAUGUGACAAGUGCGAUUAUGCAGCCAACGAUCGCUCUUACCUAGCGAAACAUCUUCUAACGCACAAAGCUUUGAAAGACUUCAAGUGCGAGAGGUGUGAUUAUUCUACUCACUGCAAGCAAUUGUUACAACAACAUUGCGUGAUGCACAAACAGAUUAAGGACUUCAUUUGUGCCGAAUGCGGACACGCUACUCACAAUAAGAAUCAUCUUAAAACGCACGUCUUGAUACAUCGAGCCGGUGGGACUUUCCAGUGCGACAAGUGUCAUUACGCGACAAACAACAAAAAGUACCUUCGACAGCAUAUGUUAAAACAUACUUUGGCCAAAAACUUUAAUUGUGACCAGUGCGAUUACGGCACAAGUAUUCACUCGCAUUUUAAACGACAUAUUCUAAUACACAAAGUUUCUAAAGAUUUCACGUGUGACCUGUGCGAUUUCGGAACAAACGACAAGUCGCACUUCAACAGGCAUCUUUUGAAACACAAAACUUCCAAGGAGUUUAAAUGUGACAAGUGCGAUUACGCCUCAAACGAUCACUUGCGUUUCAAACAGCAUGUGCUGGUACACGCUGCGAUCAAAAACUUCAAAUGUGACCAGUGCAAUUUUGGUACUAAUGACAGAUCUCAUUUCAGACAACAUUCCUUAACCCACAAGCUCAUUAAGGAUUUCAAAUGUGACCUGUGUAGCUACGCGACGAGUAACAAGGCGGUUUUCAAUCGACAUCUCCUAGUCCACAAAUCGGUAAAAGAUUUUAAAUGUGCACAGUGCGACUACGCAACGUGCAUCCGAGCAUCUUUGGACCGGCACAUCCUAAUCCACAAGACCCCCGCCGAUUUCAAAUGUGACAAGUGCGAUUACGCGUCAAACGACAAGUACCAUUUUAAACGACACUUGCAAACUCACAACGUGUCGAAGACCAAGGAUUUUAAAUGCGACCGGUGCGAUUACACAACCGUUCACAAGUACAAUUUAAAGCAUCACACUUUGAUUCACGGAGCUCCAAAACAUCUCAAGUGUACCCACUGCGAUUACGCCACCAAUCGACCGUCGAACAUCAAACAGCACCUACUCACGCACAAGGUGGGCAGCGAAUUUAAAUGUGACGCUUGCGAUUACGCGACGAACAACAAGCACAUCUUCAAGCGACACUUACUUACGCAUAAGGUGACCAAGGACUUUAAAUGUGACGAGUGCGAGUACGGUACGAACAAUAAGGCGCUUUUAAGACUGCACCUUUUCAAGCACAAACCCGCCGAUCUCAAGUGCGACGCUUGCGAUUACGCGACGAGCAAUGAGAGAUACUACAACAUUCAUCUGUUAACGCAUCGAGCUCUCAAAGAUUUCAAAUGUGACUAUUGCGAUUUCGGUACGAAUUCGAAGGCGCACUUAAAAGGUCAUCUUGUGAAGCACAGAUAAUGUGACAUUGAAUGAUUUUAAUUAUAAAUAAUUUUAAGGUAAUAAAUGGCGAGUCGUCAAAAACAAAAAUAUUACUUUCGAAUUACAGAGGUCGUGACGGCCUUUUGAGCUCAGAAGGGCGCUUUUCUGCCUUAUCUGUAACAGAUAACAAACGAGAGGGGUAGUGAAUAGCGCGCCACUGCGCCUCAAAUAUUGCUAUAGCAAUGUCUGGCACUCAAAGAAUCAAUAAUUCAAUUUAGGUUAACAAAACCAAAAGCAAAUCGACAACGAAUCGUCCAAAGUCAAAUUCACAAGACCAAUCUCUCCAAAAGGUUUCUUUAAUACUUGCAGUUAGACAGGGCCAAAAUUCAAGUGUAGUAGGUUACCAGAUAAUGUAUGUCUCACAUAAGAUGGCGGUGGAAUUUUCCAAUGGAACUUCCUUGUGCAAUUCUGGAAAAAACCGACAAGGGAUAUCGAUGUAGAUGGCAAUAAUCAGGACAUAAAUGAAGAACAGAAUAAUCCAGCAAUAGAUCAUUAUUCAAAGUCAAACGUAAUACGCAAAUGGUACAUUCCGUAAACGGCCUUAGAACUUGUAAAUACAACCGCAAAGCGAAUUCUAUGAAGCAUGGAAAAAUCACAAGAAACAAUCUUCAGAGAAGUAUACUAUGGCCACGUAAAUCCCUGAACAGGUAGACUAAAAAAAUGAGUAAAAAUACUAUGGCGCGUAUCUUCUUCUUUACAAGUAACGAUCGAAUCUGGUCUGUUCAGGGAAUAAUUGUAAUACGCACACAAAGAAGAAAAGAAAAUCACGGAAACAUCUGCAUGAGCUCUAGCGGCGUAAAUAAAGAACUAUUGUAAAUGAAACCUAUAAUACUCAACUAACGACAUCUAAACUAAACGAGUUUACAGAGGAAAUAAUACAUAGAUGGCGUAAUAAUAUCGGUUAAAUGGAAUUUUAAAUUGUUAAGAAUGUUGGAAUUUCAAAUAAAUGCUUUUGGCACACUUU